CACUUUACACUGUGGGUCACAACCUGUUAUUAGAGGCCAAAUAUCCACACAAGAAUACAACACCUAAGGACUACAAAUCCCGCGAUGCUUCGCUGCGUAAAACCCUCAAGUUGGCAUACGGACGAUGGUCUUUGUUGCAUGCUGGAAAAUGUAGUCAAAAUAAAAUUUCACGCGCCUUGGAAUAAUUAGACAAAGCACGACUAGUGACUACAUUUCCCAGCAAUCUCUGCUCGUCCCGGCGAAAGUUUUUUUUUUUUAUGAUCCAAGUUCAUCCAGAAAAACAAAGAUUAAGAGCUGUUUGCCAGGCGCUGAAGAUGCUGGGACGUGUUGCGCGCAGGCCGGUCACAUCCCUAUGUAUAAGGCACUACUCAUCAUACGUAAGGCACACCAGGUUUUUGUUUGAACUAAAAGAAAACGACGAAGCUUGUCGCCAAGCGCUGAGAUCAGGAUCGUUUUAUGUGUUUCACAACCUCUCCCCCUUCCUACGCAAAUCAGACGGUUGCUAUUCAGCGCCAACAGUUAACGCAUCAGAACUAAGAAGAAUCCUAAAAAAACAUGGGAAGGACGAGGGCACAUUGGAAGACUCUGUGCUAAUUGGCUGUUCGGAUUCAGAGGAGAUCGAGUUUGCCCUUGAUCUUGGGUCGCUGGAAAAAUCUAACUUAGAAGAAGAGUUAGCGGGAACCUUCACAGAUCUACGCAAAGCCUUUCUUCAACUACGCGGGAUGGGAACCCCAUGUCUGUCGCAGGCUCAAGCACUUCUGCGCUGGCAUGACACGCACCAAUACUGUAGCAAAACGGGAAAACCCACGCAAAAAAACGUCUCUGGGAGUAAAAGAGUUUGCAGCGCAAAUGGAACAAUCUAUUACCCCCAGAUGUCUCCCGUCGUCAUCACGCUGGUGUCACACAGGGAUCGCUGCCUACUUGCCCGUCAGCCGGGAUUCCCUCCGGGGAUGUACACAGCGCUUGCCGGCUUCUGCGACAUUGGGGAGACACUGGAGGAGACAGUUCGUAGAGAAGUAGCAGAGGAAGUCGGCCUUGAGGUGGACUCUCUGCGAUAUUCAGGAUCACAGCACUGGCCGUUCCCAAAUAGCUCCCUGAUGGUCGCCUGCCACGCGGCUGUGAUGCGGGACGAGAUCAACGUGAACUCAGUAGAGCUGGAAGCUGCUCGGUGGUUCACCCUAGAAGAGGUGGAAGAGGCUUUACAGAGAGAUCACAGGGCAAUUAAUAAAUCAGAUGGAACUAUACCUGUGUGGGUGCCACCAAAGUGGGCGAUAGCUCACCACCUGAUCCGGGAGUGGGUGCAGGAGCAGAGGGCGUCUCUGUCAGGAGCAACUACCUAGGAACAGUGACCGUGCUAUGUGGCAUUGUACAUUUACACCUCACUGUGCAUCUUGUAUUUAUACACACAGGUUGUGAUGCACUACUCAGUGUCACAGGGCUCUUGCGCAGUUGUCACAUUUAUACCUGCGUGAUGGUGCUAAAAGUAACGUGGUGCGAUUAUUUUAUAGUUUUACUUCUGUACAAAACAGGUUGGUGAGACAUUUGGCCUCUUACGCACACGGAGACCAAUUUGUAAUCAUGACCGACCUUUCUGACCCACAACCUGGGAUGUCCCUCUGAGGACUGCCUGAGCCCCACAUGGUCAAGUAGUAAUGAAAGUGAUAAUUCAUUUCAUAUGCCUGGCUAAAAAAUUUUUUUAUUAUUAAUUCAUGAUCUUAGACUUUAUCUUGAAUGUAAUCAUAUGUAAUAUAUGUAUCUGUAUAGAGCAUGAGCAUAUAUUGAUAAUUUGUUAUUCUCGAGGGACACGAAUGCUGCAUUUUGCUCAGGGCUUAGGCGUUUGGCUUUUUCGGAACUGGAUUUGUUAGAAAAGUACAACACACUAAUAUCUGUACAAAUCCGGAUAUUCAUCGGCUGCUCUUCUUUCUUAAUAAAUUCAGUAUUGGAAAGAGCCAAAUGCCUCAGACCUCAGCUAUAUUUGGCAUUAGUUUUCCUCACAAAUAAUUAAUGCUGAAUAUAUGCACAUACCUCAUGUUAUACUGACUGCUGUGAAUGGAUUUGAUCUGUUACCAUAAUGUGUAGAAAUAAAAAUUGACAGCACAUCCUC